AUGCCUUUGUCUCAAGUCCUACAAUAUCUUUUGAAGGCUAAGCUGGUCACACUGAAAGAUCCUCCGAAGUUUGUCAACACUGCAAGUCCAAAUUAUGAUCCCAAGGCUACAUGUGCUUAUCAUUCCAACGCUACUGGGCACAAUGCAGAUAAUUGUUGGGCACUGAGAAACCAAGUUCAAGAUAUGAUAGAAGCUGGCGAGAUCGAGUUCGAUGCUCCCGAGACUCCUAAUGUCAUCACUACUCCGAUGCCAAAACACGACAAGACUGUUAACGCUAUCAUGGACAUUGUUUAUAUCCAUGAUGUGAGAGAUUUGUCGACUCCGCUUCUUAAAAUCAAGAGGCAACUGAUACAAGCUGGUUUAUUUCCUGGUUGUGAUCCUGAUUGCUAUUAUUGCGCACGCCUACCCAAUGGUUUCUCUCAUGGCUUGAAGUUCGAAGAUGUGUCCGUAAUUUCCAAAGCUCCGCUAAAAAUCCCUACUAAGGCUCCUUUCAAGAUUUUUGCUGAACCUCGUGUGGCUCCGAUUGUUAUUACUAAACCUGGUCCGAUACCAUACUCUUCUGACAAAGCUAUCCCUUGGAAUUAUGGUGCUGAGGUCUAUGUCCAAGGAACUAAGCAAGAACUCGAAUCUGAUAAAGUUCUUGAAGAUACCAAUCCUGGUGUGGAUAAUAUUGCUGGGACUAGUAAAGUAACAAGAAGUGGAAGGGUGUUUUCUCCAGAGAUUUCUCCGAACACUGCUCCGCCUACUAUUAUUGUUACCCAAAUGCUGAUGCUCGUGAUCUCUAUGCUGUCACUUCUGAGUUGUUCCAAAACUCACGCCAAAGCCAUGAUGAAGUUUCUAGAAGCUGCCCAUGUGCCUCAAGAUAUCUCUGUCAAUCAACUUGAGAAUUGCAUUGCAAACCUGACAACAGAGAACUACCUUGGGUUUUCUGAUGCUGAUCUGAGUCCUAGUGGAAAGAACCAUAACAAAGCGCUACACAUCUCCAUUGAAUGUGGGGGCACUACUCUGGCCCAUGUUCUAGUGGAUAAUGGUUCAUCUCUAAAUGUGAUGCCCACGCUGGUAUUGGACAAACUCCGACCUGAAGGAGCUACGUUGAAAUCUAGUGAUGUGAUUGUCAAAGCUUUUGAUGGAUCAAUGAGUGCUGUACAUGGUGAAAUUGAGCUCUCGAUCAGGAAACUUAAAUACCCUGCAAAAGGCAAGAUUGUUACUGUCCAUGGCGAAGAAGAGUAUGUGGUAAGUUUCGUGGAUGAAACCAAGUAUGUUGAGCUCACCAUAGAAGGUUUUGAGACUCCCCGUCAAGCAUUCGAGUUGGUCCCUCAAGUAAUCUCUGAGACUAAACAUGUCUACACUCCUCCUAAAUCCAACAAAUGGGGUCUAGGCUGCACUUCUAAAGAUCAGAGUGAAGGAAAACAUCCUCGUCCCAAAGGUUUGAAGUAUCAUUUCAUCAGCAAAGGAGUCAACGCCAUUAGUGAAGAUGAAUACAACUGCAACCUGGACAAAUGGGUCUUCCCUACAUCAGACAAAGGACUGGACAACUGGGAGACUCAAGACAUUGUUUCCAUCUCCUAUAAUCAGGAGUAA